UAUGCCAGUGAACGAGCCAGACUUCAUUUCCGUGGUUUUGUUCUCCAGCGAGCAUAUCCACGUCUGGACGUAAAUGUUUCUGCCGGACUGAAUCAUUUACUGAAGAGUCCAUUUUCUGUGCAUCCGAAAACCGGCCUUAUUGCUGUUCCCCUGACACCAGAUCAGAUGCCCGAUGUGGAUCUUAAAAAAUUGCCUCGUAUAGACAAGCUUGUGCGGGAAACUUCAAAUAUGAACGGGAAUAACGAAACGAUGGAAAACGAUAAUACAGGAGGAACUAUAAAUUCUUCUCUGGCUCCGUAUAUUGCAACCUUCGAGCAAUUUGUGAACCAGUUGCUAAUUUAUGAAGAGUCAGAUCCAUCAUAG